CUCUAGUUUUCAAGCCAAAAAUGGCGAAGUGAAUUCCUUUUUUCGUCCAGUUAGCAGGCAAAUUUCGUGAAGCGCUCGAAUUAAAAGAAAGUGAACGACCUUUUUCGCCGGACUUAGUGAAAACGCAGUGCAGCGGAUCGGCCGAGUGAUCCGGCAAGAGCGCGACAAGAGCAGCGAAGAGGAAACUGCAGAAUGUGGGGCCAUUGGCAGACGGCCACCGCCGCAGUGGCUCCGAUGGGCGCACCCCCUCCGCAGCCGUCGGUGCCGCCGCCACUGCCCGACGCCCCACCACCUCCGCCCCCAGCGGACGGUGCCUCCUCGGGAGGAGCACCCCCUGGCCAGCAGUCGUCGGCAGGGGUAGGAGGAUCUGGAGCAGUUGCCCAGAACGACAGCACCAACCCCUCCGCAGCCGCCGCUGCGGGCGCAGCCUUCAACCCUUAUAGCAGCGGACAGGCGGCGGCGGGGGGCGCGGGUGCCGGCAACCCCUACGAGCAGUAUACGGCCGCCCAGUACGCGGCCAUGACCCCAGAGCAGCAGUACGCCCUGCAGCACCACUGGCACCAGUGGCAGACCUACCAGGCGGAGUACGCCAAAUGGCAUGCCCAGUAUGGCGAGCAGUACAAGCGUGAAAUGGCCGCUGCUGCCGCUGUGGCCACGACUACAGGUAUCCAAGGCGUCCCAGCACCCGUGGUAGCUGCUCCCUCGCCAGCUCCCGCUCCCGCAGUGGUAGCCCCACCAGGUCCACAGGCCUACCCUGUGGCCCAGAACUAUUAUCAGGCCACGCCGGCUGCUUCCACCACGCCGAAUGCCGUGCUGGGCGCACCACCGCUGCCCGGUAAGAUCAUGGCCCAGCCGCAGUUGUACAACCAGCCGCCGCCGCCGCCACCCCAAAAAGCCGGCUACAAUCAAAAUCAAAGCAAUGACAACCAAGGCAUGUGGUCGAGUGGACAGUCCAUGCAGCAGCCGCCGCCCAAUAGAUAUGGCGGGCAAAUGAACCAGAUGAACUACAAUAGUGGCGGACCAGACAACCAGGGCGGCUAUCCCAAUCUUCAGCAGCCGCCGCCCUCGAUGCAGAGACAGCCAACUCAGCAGCAGCAGCAGAAUAACAUGGACAACCAGUGGGGAAUUAACAACCAACGCGGUGGAGGAGGCGGCAGCAACAAUAGCCGUCCUUCCUGGGAAACCAGUGGACCGCAGUCUGAUAAUUCCGGGCAACAAGGUCACUGGGAUGGUCCGCCGCCACAGAAUGAUAUGAACAAUCGCUGGAAUGGACCGUCACAGGGCAACAGCAAUAGCAAUGACAGCAACAAUCGCCGCUGGGAUGGGUCAUCAAACCAAACGCAGUCUGGCGGGGAUCAGCAACAGAACCGCUGGAUGAGCGGUCCCCCACAAAGCGAUCAGAACCAGAAUCGCUGGAUGAGCGGACCUCCGCCUAGUUUGAACGACCAGCAGCAGGAUAAUCAGAAUCCCCGCCAGAAUCGCUGGCAGAAUAAUAAUUCCGACAUGGACGGACCAUCGAUGCGGAAUAACAACAAGCAGAACCAGUUCCAGAACAAUCGAAAGAGCUGGGGGGCACCAGACGAACGAGGAGAUGGAGAAGGAGAUGGCGACCAAAACCAGAAUCCAUUUAUCAAGAACUCGCAGUCCGAUUAUGACCAGGAUCAGCCGUCUGGCAACAAUAACAACUUCGGCCAGCGAACAGGCAACUACCAGGGAAACUAUGGCAAUAGUUACAAUAACCAGGAUCAAGGUGGAGGAGGAGGAGGCAACUUUGGCAGCGGAGGAGGAAGCAACUAUGGAAGCGGCGGAACAGGCAACUUUGCCGGCAGAGGCGGAGGCGGAGGCCAGGACAGCUUUGGUGGCCGUGGAUCAGGAGGAUCUGGGCCGGACAAUUUUGGCAAUAGCAAUACUAAUAGCUUCAAUAACAACAAUCGCCGCCAAAGCAAUCGUUGGGACAACAAUCGCAACCAAACCCAAAAUCAGGGAUAUUCUGAUGAGAGGGGCGGCGGAGGAGGAGGAGGAGGAGGAGGCAGUGGCGAUUCUGGUUCAGGAGGGUUCAACCAAAAUCGUGGCAAUUUCAACCAGCGUAACAGCUUCAACCAGCAGAAUACGUCUUACCAACAUCAGUCUCAACUUCAAAAUCCAAACCAGAAUCAGCAGCAGAAUCGCAACCAACAGCAGGCUCCCGACCUAGACGAGGCCAGCUUCGAUCGCCUGUUCGACCAGUGGGAGCAGCAGUUCGAGGACUGGAAGCGGGCCAAUGCCAAUCAUCCGGAUCGCGAUGAGUACCGCCGCUACGAGGAGGAGUUCGAGAAGCAGCGUCGUCGCAUUGCCGAACGAAGGGAGCAAAUGCGCCGACGUCGCCAGCAGCAAAUGGGUGGCUUAACAGGAUCUGGCUCGUUAACAGACAUACCGAAAGAAGCUACAGUCGCCGGAGCAUCCAAGCCCGAGGAGCAGGAUUCGAACGAUGAUGCAUUCGGCGGUGUCCAAGGCAAUUUCGGUGACCAGGGACCACCCGCACCGGGACUUGGCCCUGGCCCUGGGCCUGGACCCAAUUUCGGUGAUCAGGAUAGAGGACCCCCCUUCGGACAGGGCAACAGACAACCGGGACAUUCGGGUCAUUUUGCGAAUGAGAAUCGCGCCUUCGAAAACUCCGGAGUUCCUGGAUUCAGGGGCAACCAUGGUCCGCCACCAGGAAUGCAGAACAAAUACCAAACCGCCCAGAAAGCCAUCCAGGACAAACAGCCAGGCCCAGAGGAGAGCAAGGGCAAUCAAGCCAAGCCCUCGGGACCAACGGCUCCACCGGCUCCAAUUUUAAAUCCGAUUGUUGUCCAGAAACCAGUAGUGCCAGCUCCCCCAGUAGCUCCACCCAUCGGUCCUGUUCAUCCGGCCUCCCUGCCGCCACCCGAUGCUCCAGCUCCAACUCCUCCAGUAGUUCCUGCCCCGCCGGUGGCUCCACCGAAGCAGCCUCCUCCGAUCUCCACUAAUCUCGGCAAGCGGCGCCAAACACCUGUUCCUGCUCCAGUACCCGCCAAGCAGGUCAAGGAGGAGGAGCCCAUAUUCACGAUUUCCCUGGACGACGACGACGACGAGGAUGAGAUUGAACCGCCGGCAGCCGACACGCCCAUGGGCAGCAUCUUCAAGAAGAGCGAUGGCAUACCGGGUCUGGAUUUGGUGGCCGAUGGCGGUGGCAAGAACUCAGCCUCGGUCUUCGAUGUGGGGCUCGGGGAUUCCGAGCCAGCAGCAGCGCCUGCCGCCCCAGCUAACCAGUCGGGCCCCUCGACCGCCAACAAGAGCAACGAAUCGCUUAGCAACGUGCUUAAAGACCCGAACUUCUUCAACAAUCUUACCCAGGCGGUGGCCAAUGUCCAGGAGCGCGAGCAGCGCGAUCGCCAGGAGCAGCAGCAGCAGCAGCAUGAGCAGGAUCCGAAUCAGGAAACGGGAUCGGAUGGUCGUCCCCUGUCCUUUGCCGAGUGGCAGCGCAAGAAAAAUGGUGGCAACGAUAACAAGUCGCAGGAUUCCCGCGAUUCGAUGAGCCCCAGUGGCAGUGACAAACCGGACAACAGUGGACCCGGGCAGGCUCAGGGUGUAGGUCCGGGUGCCGGUGGUCCCAAUCCUCGUUCUCGUCCAAAUUCUGGGCCUGGUCCUGCUCCAAACGAUAUGCAGCAUUUCGACAACUUUGGACCGAACCAAGUCGCGGGUAGCAACUUCAUUGACUUUGAAGGCAAUGGACCCGGUCCCGGCUUUGGGCCACCAGGCAGGAACUUCGGUCCCAACGGUCCAGGACCACGUGGUCCCAACUUCGGGCCUAACUUUGGCCCCGGGGGACCUCCUUAUGGGCCCAAUGGCCCCGGAGGACCACCGUUCGGUCCCAAGUUCAGACACAAUGGCCCCAACUUCGGGCCGAACUUUGGCCCGAAUUUCGGACCAGGUCCAGGCCCACGUAACUUCGGACCUCGUGGACCCAAUGGUCCAUACGGUGGUCCCCGGCGCGACGACUUCGGUGGCCCACCGUUCGGCGGUCCAGGACCCAACUUCGGACCAGGCGGGCCACAAGGACCCAAUGCGCGGGGAUUCAACAACGGUGGACAAAACAGUGAUAACCCCUUCCGCCGGCAGGGCGGUGGACCAGGUCCCGGUUUCGCCGACGAUGAUCUUGGCGCAGGACCACCAAGAGGCCCCAGGAAUUUCCCGAACCGCAACAGCUUCGGCGGAAAUCAAGGAGGACAGAACAAUCGGAAGAACUGGAAUGACGGGCCGGAGCAACAGCAGCAACCAUUCCCCAACCAAAACGAGCCCAUCUAUCGACCGAUGAAGGUGUUCGACUAUUCCAACAACCAACCAGCCGCCAAGGUGAUCGAUUAUGGCCACAAGUCGGGCGAUGGAAACCCCAUCGAGAGGCCUUCCGGCCCAUCUUCUGCCGAUAGAAUUCCGGAAUUCAGAGCCGUGAAGACCUUUGAGUAUGGCCACUCCUCGUUUUCGGGACCGAAUCGCAUGGGAAUACCAGGAGGAAUGGGCAUGGGAAUGGGAGGAGGUCCAAAUCAAGGAAUGACAGGUUGCGGCCCUAAUAGGGGGAUGACGGGAGGACCCGGAGGACCCGGAGGAGGAGGCCCAGGAGCUUCCAAUAGCAAGCGAAAGAAUAAAAAAAGAAACAGACAAAAGAAGGAGGAGCGAUUGCAGUUCCAGCAAAAUCCGCAGUUGCAAUCAAAUUCGUUUGACGAAUGCAGCUCCCCGAAUCCCGGACAGGAUGAGCAGCAGCAGCAGCCGCAGCAAGAACAGCAGCAGGCCCAGGAUGAGUUCCAGGAUCAAGGCGAUGAGUUUCCAGCAAAUGAAGGCAAUGAUCUUGAGGAUAUUUCCGAUGGAGAAGACAAUUUAACCCCACUGGAUGGCGAGGAUAACAACGAGGAACUGCCACCGCCGCCACCGAUCGGCAGAUGGAAUCAGGGAAAUGUCCAGGAGCAGUUCAAUCAAAGCCCCUUUAAUAUCCUUCCCGGCCAGUCAUUUGGCGGCGGAAUGGAAAGAUCGGCUCCGCCGCCGCCAACCAUGUCACUUUUCCCCUCGGCAGCCAAUGCCAAUGACAACAUUCCCACUCCGGUGACGGCUCCCCACCUGGAGAUGUGCGUGCCGACCAACGAGAAUCGCAACACCAUCUCCGUGGACGAGGUGCUCUUGAAUCCCGGUCGCCAGACCCGUCCCAAGCGCAUCUGCAUCAUUCUGCGUGGUCCACCUGGCUGCGGCAAAUCGCAUGUGGCGCGUCUCAUCAAGGAAAAGGAGCUGGAGAUGGGCGGUGCCAAUCCGCGCAUCCUCAGCAUAGAUGACUACUUCAUCAUCGAGAACGACUACGAGGAGAAGUGUCCCAAGACUGGCAAGAAGAUACCCAAAAAGGAGAUACUGUACGAGUACGAUGACGCCAUGGAGGAGACCUACAUGCAAUAUCUAAUCAAAUCGUUCAAAAAGACGCUCAGUGAUAAUCUUUAUGAUUUUAUAAUAGUGGACUGCAACAACAACUCGCUGCGCACGCUGAAUGAAUUUUAUUGUCACGCCAAAGACUCGAAUUUUGUGCCCUACAUCGUGGACCUACACUGCGAUCUGGAGACAUGCCUGGGCAGGAACUCGCACCAGCGCACCGAGAACGAGAUCCAGGUGGUGCUGGACAACUGGUGCAACACACCGCUGCAGUACAUCAAGCUGGACGUGAGCACGCUGCUUGAGAACGUGGUCGAGAUGGAGGAUGUGGAGGACAUGGCUACGGACGAUAAUGCCUGCGCCGACGAUGGGGAGACUGCGGGAGCAUCCGCGGCAUCCGAGGAUGCGGCUGUCGAGGAGACCGACGACAGCAACAGCGGCGACGCCUCCAACGACUGCGGCUUCCUGAAAAGCAAAUGGGAAUGUGACACCACCGAGGAGAAUCUGGCCCGCUUGGAUGGCACCAAGCGUCUGAUGCAGAACCGCCGGACCGCCAGCAUGGCCGACUAUCUCCAGCUGGAGGAUUGGGAACCACCCAGGACCUCGGCGAAUGGCAAGAAGCGCGUCCGUUGGGCGGACAUCGAGGAGAAGCGCUCGCAGGAGAAGAUGCGAGCCAUCGGCUUUGUGGUGGGCCAGACCGACUGGAACCGCAUGAUGGACCCCAAUGCGGGCAGUCGGGCCCUGAACAAAACCAAAUAUAUCGAGCGCAUCAAGCGUCGCUAGAAAGACAAUUACAAACAUGCAACAGAUACAAAAAAAAAAACACGCAGCAUUUCCACCAACCAAAAAACACAGACCAUUUCCACAUGUACGGGUAGCACCGUGCGAUAACAAAAGGCUCAAAGACCCCGAAUUACGAUUAAUCAUCUAUCAUUCAGACGCUAUCAGUAUAAUUUCGCAACCAUCAGUCAUUUUAGGCGCGCUGCAUUUACAAAACGAAUAUUCAAUUUCGUUGCCCACACGAACAUCCGAUCGCGAUUCAGAUCCUAGCAAAAUAUAUUAAAAAUGGGUGUAUUUUAAUUGUAAAUUAAACCAAUUCGCCUUUAAAACCGAAUGAUGCAUCCAAUUUUUUUUUUAGUUUGACGAAAUAUAUAAUUGAUAUACGUGAA